UUGUCAGCAAAAUUUAAACUUAGGUACCAAAUGCGGAAAAUCUUUAAAAAUAAGUCUCGUCAUUGAACAGUGUGAAAUUAUAUUUUAAUAAUGUUCACUAUGAAAUUAUCUAAUAUAAUUUUCAUUGAUAAAUCAGUAAUUCACUCCAAAGCAUAAAAUAAAAUGUAUUAUAUCUUUCAACAGAAACCUUGUUCAGAGUGUACUUCUGGUCAGAGAUGUAAUCCUGCAAAAGGGAAAUGUGAAACCACAGAGUGUCCUGUCAAAGAUCUGAAAUAUGGUAUUGUCAGUGGAAACAUAAGAACAGUUGGGAAUCGUAUGCAAUUUACAUGUAACGACGGAAACACGAUUAUUGGUGAAAUAGAAUGCCUCUCUGAUGGGAUCUGGAAUAUAACCGACAAUCAAUGCUCAACCGAUGUGACAAAUGUUGCUAUUGGGGGAAGGACAUACAUGUCUAGCGUUUACAACGGCUACAAUGGUUCGAUGGGUGUGGACGGCAAUUCAAAUCAAUUAUGGUCAGGUCGCUCCUGCUUUCAUACAAAUAGUGACCUUCAUUCGUGGUGGCGGGUAGAUCUUGGAAAGAUUUAUCGCUGUUUUAGAGUAGUGUUGUACAACCGGUUGGAUACUCGCAGUAGGUUACUUAUCCAUUUUUAUAUCAUUUCUAUUUACCUGUAAAAUAACUUGAUCCCUUCAACGGGCAUUCUUUAAUCACGUCAGUUCGAGCAUAGAAUGAUCAUGAAAUCCGUUGAAUAUUUAUACAAAUGAUUUUUAAAGUUGGCGCCUACAUUGUCUAAAAUAAUCUGGUGAUUUACUGGGGAACGAGCUUCAGAUUUAGAUUUGAUGUUUGGGACGACGGAGAACAAUAUGUACAUUGUGAGGCAAGUUGAUGGUCAGAUUGAGGACAUCCAUACUUUUAACUUCCCUGAAAGUAGAGAAGCACGAUAUGUUCAAGUGAUGCUUAGACGACAACAGUACCUACAUCUUUGUGAAGUACAAGU